AUGAAGGCUCUACCUGUCCUGGUUUAUUCCCUUUUAAUCUACACAUCUGUUACUUAUGGUAAUCAAGAUGCGAAACGGUUAUUCGAUGACCUUAUGAAAAAUUAUAAUCGACAUAAAAGACCAGCCGCAGGACCGCAUGAACCAACAACGAUCAAACUAAAAUUACGACUAAGCCAACUUAUAGACGUGCAUGAGAUUGAUCAAAUCAUGACGUGUUCCGUAUGGUUGAAACAAGUGUGGAUGGAUAGAAAAUUGUCCUGGGAUCCGAAAAAUUACGGCGGUGUCAGCGUACUUUACGUUCCUUACGAGAUGAUUUGGGUGCCGGAUAUUGUCCUAUAUAACAACGCUGACAGUAACUACAAUAUUACAAUUGCAACAAAGGCUACACUACAUUAUUCUGGACAAGUUACUUGGGAACCUCCGGCAAUUUUCAAGAGUAUGUGUCAAAUUGAUGUUAGAUGGUUCCCUUUCGAUGAGCAACAAUGCUGUUUGAAGUUUGGCUCAUGGACAUAUUCGGAAAAUUUGCUUAAUCUGGAAUUACUUGAUGGUAAUGUGCGCUACGAGAAAGAAGUGAACGAAAGAGGUGAAGUCGACAACAUCACGAUCGCAGAAGAUGGAAUAGAUUUAUCCGACUAUUAUCCAUCAGUUGAAUGGGACAUAAUGUCAAGAGUUGCUAUUCGUAGAACAAAGAAUUAUCCCACUUGUUGUGAGGACGGGGCAUACGUCGAUAUCAUGUACUACUUGAACCUUCGUCGCAAGCCUCUUUUCUACACUGUCAACCUUGUGUUUCCAUGCGUUGGGAUAUCGUUCUUAACUAUUUUGGUAUUCUAUUUACCAUCUCAUUCGGGCGAGAAGGUUACGCUGUGCAUAUCAAUUCUUGUCGCUUUGACAAUAUUCUUCCUUCUAUUGACCGAAAUUAUCCCAGCGACAUCGAUAACUUUGCCGCUGAUAGGAAAGUAUUUGUGUUUUACCAUGAUAAUGGUUACCCUAAGUGUUAUGGUAACUGUAUUCUCAUUAAACAUACAUUUUCGAACACCCACAACUCACGUGAUGCCAAAAUGGGUGAGAGUGGUGUUUCUCGGAUGGUUGCCGAAAAUCUUAUUUAUGAGAACACAAUUGGACGAUGAAGACAAUUCGUUAAGAAGAGCCGGUUCAAGGAAAACAUUUGAGCCAACAACUCUGGACGGUAAAAUCCCUUUAAACUAUCAUGAACAUCGCGUAAGUAUGGAUAAAGCCGUAGACGAAAGAAUACAAAGACUUUACUAUUCGCCACAGGUAUUGAAAGCCUUCGAAAAUCUUGUGUAUAUAGCGGAAACGCUCAAAAAGAAUAAUCGCAACGAUAAGAUUGACGAGGAUUGGAAUUAUGUCGCUAUGGUUGUGGACAGAAUGUUUCUGUUCAUCUUUUCGGCUGCCUGCUUAAUCGGAACUUUGGUGAUUCUUUUGCAAGCUCCAACCCUCUACGAUUAUAGGAAGCCGAUCGAUUUGCAGUAUCGUCCUGCUAACUUAUCCAGCCUCCUAUAA